AUGUCUAAAAGAUAUAGAGAGUUGAUCUCAUAUGAUAAUUUAAAUGUACCAAAUGCUUCAUCUUCAACUUUAAAUAAUACCGCACAACAGCAUACUGAAUUACGACAAUAUAAUGAAUUUCAAACCAGUUAUUUCAAAUUACAAAGUAUAAUCAAUAAGAAAGUCAAUGUAAGUUUAAAGUACGAGCAAUUGAAAACUCCCGAGAUUCAUUCAGCUUUAAUCAAGCCUAUAAGUCAUGAGAUCAUUUCAGUAGUCAAAGAGAAUGGAAGUGACUCAAAUGUGUCGGUUUUUACAGUAUACAUCCUAUUAUUAUUGAAAUACGAAUACCUAAUACAACUGGAAAACAAUUUGAUUCAGUAUGAUCUAUUAAUUUCUAGGUCUCAUGUUUGUGAAUUAAUGUCUAUCAGAAUGUUAAGAGAAUAUAGCUCGAUACAAAGAAUUCAAGUUCUAUUUGUGAAGCCACCUAGAGGUUUGAUAUCACUCGCUUAUGGAUUUGAUUAUAACACUUUGGAACUAUGUAUAUUAUCAAAACUGAAAUCUUUCUUAUCUCAACCAAUUAUAGUCCAAAUAUUGAACAAGUUUUACAACGGUGAUUUAAUUCACGACGAUGUGAGUCAAAACUAUACUAUGGCGAAAAAGUGCACUGCAAUGGCUGAUACUGAAAAGACUUUGUUGAACCACCGAAAUUAUGAAAGUUACAACAGCAAUAAUAACAAAUUGAAUUAUGAUAUAGAAAGCAAUCAAUCAAUAUUUCAAAGACAUGGAAAUUUGAUUGUUAAUGUAUACAAACGAAUAAACAUUGUCCCCAAGCAUCAAAAUAUAAUCAUUAACUUGAAAUUGAUUAUAUUUGCCAUUAAUUAUUUCAUAUUAACUCAACAACCAACGACUCAACCUCAUCUUAGUUUCAUGGAAAUUUUAUUUUGGUUGAUUGGGUUAAAUUUCAACUUUGAAAUUUUGACUAAAUUUCGUAAUAUUAAUUUCAGAUUUCUAAAUUUGAUAUUAUGGAAUCAUAUUGAUUUUUUUUUAAUUUGCAUUUUAAAUUUUUGUUUCAUAUUGAGAUUUUGUAUUACAGAUCAAAGUUAUUUCAAUGAUUUUUUUAGUUUAAUUGGUAUAAUUUUAUUUCCUAGAAUUUUAUCAAUAUUUAAUAACUACAAGUUUUUCAAUUUAAUUAUUCUUUCAUUUCAUAAAAUGUUUUUAAAUUUAGUUGGUUUAGUUUUGAUGUUUUUUACCUUAAUAUCAGGUUUUUAUUUUUGUUUUUUGAAACUUUCUAAUGAUCAAACACCAUUUGAGAUUUUAUUUAAUAUGGUCAAGGUUUUUUUUGGAUUUACUCCAUCUAUUUGGAACUACUGGGAUGAUUUUAAUACGUUGGGCAAAAUAAUGCAAAUGUGUUACUUAUUUUUGAUCCAAUUCAUCAUAGGCACUAUAUUAGCGAUUUGUUUGAGUGGUAUUUUCAAUAAGACUAGAGAAAAUAUCGAGUAUGAGUUUAAUUAUUUUAAACUGAAUAAUUUGAUAAUUUAUUUUAAGUGUUCGGAAUUGAAUCAAAGAUGGAGUUUUACUAAUGUUUAUUGUCAAAUAUUCAAAACACCUGUCAUAUUGUUAAUACUUAUUUAUGGUAUUUUCAGUUCAUUCAUUGUCAAAUUCAAAAAUGUUGCGUUCACAGCAUUUACAGGUAAAUAUGCUAUUAAUAAGCACAGCUAUGAAGAAGAAGAUGUAAGGAAUCUAAAAAAUUUCACAUUCAUAAAUAAACCAGAUUUUGAUCAUGAAUUAAAUUUCAAACCUUCCAUAAAUUUGAGAAAACGAAAGCCCAAGAACAAAAUUAUCAAGAAUUAUCAGUCGGUCAGUACUUUGGGAUGUAAUGGUAACCACUUGAGAACUGCAUCUACUGAUUCUUUUUUCAUUGAUCAAUUGUUGAACAGAAAAUAUGGUGGUUCGAAUAGCAAUAAUAUCAAUACAAAUGAUGAAUCAGUAUCUCGAAAUUUGGAAUCAAACAGAUUGUUUUCCAAAAAAUUUCAAGAAUCAAAACAACCUAAUCAAUCAUUAAGUGGAAGUCGAUCAAAUCAAAAACUGUCUCAAAUACCUCGAUAUAAACUGAUUCUUCAAAAUUCAAAAGAAAAUUCACACCAACCAUCCGUUUCACAAAUAUCAAGUUCCUACUCAGCAAUACAGAUGCAUCAAUCCCAAAUUCUACAACAACUGCAACAAAUUUCUAACACUUCAACAAUUGACCAAAUUUUAAGUAGAUUAGUAAAUUUAGAAACAUUAUUGACGAAAUUUACAGCUAUUGAAAGAAUAGAGGAUGAUAAAUUAAUUAUACUUAAUCAAUUAAAUCAAAUAAAAAGUAUGAAAACUAUAGAAAGUGAUAAUCUAUCAAUAAAUUCAAGUUCAAAUACUGAUAUUGAUUCUUUAAACGAUUAUAAAGGUCAACCAUUUGAAAUUGAUAAUAUUUAUGAAGAUAUUAAUGAAGAUGAUGCUAUAUCUAAUGAGAAUGAUCUGAAAAAAGAUCUGGCAGACGAAGAUGAAGACGAGUUUGAUAAAACUUUACCUUUAAGAUUUCAUGGAGUGAAUCGUGAUCUUAAUGAUGAUUUUGAUCAGUAUGAUAGUGAUAACACAUUUUAA